CAACAAAAAAACAAGACUCCAUAAUAUGCAUGAGUUGAUGCACUGUGUAAAACCAUGUUUGGGUGGUAGUUAUAAUAUUAUCUGGAUAUAAUGGAGAGAUUUUAUUAAUAGAAGCAUGUGAGCUCGGAUGCAUCUCUACCACGCAUGUGUUGUAUUGCUGCAGCGACGUGCAUCAGAUCCGCUUUCACACACUUCAUCUGCAUUCACACAUUUAGCAGUUGAACCGGAGCCGGUCUUGCAUUUAUUUCCAGAUAUCUGCCAGUAUUAUUUCAGUAGAGAAGGAGCUCAGGAGCGUGCCGCGCUUUGUUGUUUUUCUGACGGCUCUGAGACGCGAAAGCCGACGCGAUCUGCUAUGUGUCAUAGCGAAGAAAGGCAGUAAAUAAAGGCGACGCGUCCGUCUGCGUGAAGAGAGAGCAAGAUGGUGAUCAUGGCUUCUUUUCAUUUUUCCUCUAAAUGCUUGCAUGCGAUGGCGAUCCCCGCGAUCUCGCUCAAGCUCUGUCUGUGGGCUUUUCUAAUCGCCCAUCUUCCUUUGAGCUCUGUCCAGCUGGAAAGUGAUGAUGAUGAAGUGACAAACAAAACGUGGGUUCUGACCCCCAAAGUGUACGAGAGCGACGUCACACAUAUUCUGAACAGCUUACUAGACGGCUAUGAUAACAAGCUGCGACCGGACAUCGGAGUCAAACCAACCGUGAUCCACACAGACAUGUUUGUCAACAGUAUUGGUCCAGUAAAUGCCAUCAACAUGGAGUACACGAUUGACAUCUUCUUCGCCCAGACGUGGUAUGACAGGCGGUUGAAGUUCAACAGCACCAUGAAGGUUCUGCGUCUCAACAGCAACAUGGUGGGAAAAAUCUGGAUCCCUGACACGUUUUUCCGCAACUCUAAGAAGGCAGACGCCCACUGGAUCACCACACCUAAUCGCAUGCUUCGAAUAUGGAACGACGGGCGUAUACUGUACACUUUAAGGUUGACCAUUGAUGCAGAGUGCCAGCUUAAACUGAAUAACUUUCCAAUGGAUGAGCAUUCAUGUCCCCUGGAGUUCUCAAGCUAUGGCUACCCCAAGGAGGAGAUUGUAUACAAGUGGAAGCGCAGCUCGGUGGAGGUUGGAGACAUCCGCUCUUGGCGUCUUUACCAGUUCUCCUUUGUUGGUCUGAGAAAUACCACAGAGGUUGUCAGGACUGUGUCAGGAGAUUAUGUGGUUCUGACCGUCUUCUUUGACUUAAGCAGAAGAAUGGGAUAUUUCACCAUCCAGACAUAUAUCCCCUGUACCUUGAUCGUUGUUCUGUCCUGGGUUUCAUUUUGGAUCAACAAGGAUGCAGUGCCAGCCAGAACUUCUUUGGGAAUCACGACUGUGCUUACCAUGACCACUUUGAGUACCAUUGCUAGGAAGUCCUUACCCAAAGUGUCGUACGUCACAGCUAUGGACCUCUUCGUAUCAGUGUGCUUCAUCUUUGUUUUCGCCGCUCUGAUUGAGUACGGAACGCUCCACUACUUUGUGAGCAACCGCAAGCCCAGCAAAAACAAAGACAAGAAGAGGAAAAAUCCUCUCCUGCGGCUCUUUUCCUCAAAGCAGGCCCCCACUGUGGACAUUCGCCCGCGCUCAGCCACCGCCAUCCAGAUGAACAACGCCACCCACAUGCAGGAGCGAGACGAGGAGUACGGCUACGAGUGUCUGGAUGGGAAGGACUGCACCAGCUUCUUCUGCUGCUUUGAGGACUGUCGCUCAGGAGCGUGGCGGCACGGCCGUUUGCACAUCCGUGUCGCUAAGAUAGACUCUUACGCCCGCAUUUUCUUUCCUACUGCAUUUGGUCUAUUCAACGUAGUUUACUGGUUUUCCUAUCUCUAUCUUUAAAAUAGUUAGAAAAAAAUAGGCUGGCCUUAUUUUAUGUUACAUAUUCCAGCAAGACCCUUUCUUGGAAACGUGAACCCACUGAAAACAUUUAAGUUGCAUUGUGUUGUUGUUGUUUCUCCAGUCUACGUAAUGGUUUUUUUUUUUUUUCGAAAGCGCAUUUUAGAAUGUUUUUUUUUUUGUUUUUUUUUGUGUGCAUUUAUGUAAUGUGGAAUUGUUGGUUUGUCUAUGUUUACAUCUUCUUCUAGGAAGUAUAUCUUGUGCAUAAAGCAAAAGUUGUAGCAAAAAAAGAAAACAAAAAAGCGCAGAAGGGGCAGUCAGUGAAAACCUGCAUCUGUAAGAUUAUUCCUGAAUCGUGUAGAGCAAACAGCAGAAGAUCUGAGUACUGCAUGCCUACAUAGCCCCUAAAGAGUAAGCACUAAAGAGAUUUUGGGAACCUUCUUCAAAUGCAUGGCUGUCAGGCCUAUGUGAGGUAAAAGCAAUCAAUCAAACAUUAACAAAUGUGUCAGAGAAUUUAUUUGUAUACGCUCUUAUUUGCUCAUUCUAAAGCGCAAAUGUAAAAAUUGAAGUGUUUGAAAUUUCUAUGCCAUUUGUAACCUUGCGGUUUUUCAUGUGUGGUCACGGCUGGUAAAACGUACGGUCACCUGUACAAAUGUUGUAAAUAGAUGAAUACUGUAAAAUGUAGUGAUAUACAUCAUACUGCAUGCACCUUUUAGGCCAAAAAUUAGCAAAAGUCUUCUAUUGUCAUCAAUUAAUAAACAGCAAAAAAGGGUCAGGAAAGCUUAACUGGAACAGUUCAGGCAACAUUUUACAUCAUUUCUUGCCACUAUUAGAUGUCAGUCAUUUAUACAGUAAAUGCACAAUGAUAUUGUUACAUGUAUAAAUAAGUACUGUAUUCAAUUUUUCCUAUCAUUUUGGGUAUCGGUAUGAGCCUCCUUUGCAUUCUUGGAUAUAUACCCAAAUAGUUUUAACAAGUUGCUGGGGUGAGUAUUCUGAUAAUACAUACUCUAGUUUACCCUAUUUUAUUAUUAUUGUUAUUAUUUAUUUUGUUUAGCUUUUAUUUUAUUUUCUUUGAACUAAGAUGUUUGUUUUUUUUUUCGUUUACCAGCCCCGUCUUAGGUUUUUCGGAAACAUGUAACACAAUGUUGUCAAACAAAAUGUCUAUAUGCUUUUUUAUUUUUGGUUCAUGUAUUAAUUUAUGUUUUAAUAAUAAAUUGGGCUCAAACGUGGGAGGAGGGUCACCAUUGCACUCAAUACUAUACAUUUCAGUAGACAAAAACUUAUUUCAGUGAAUUUAGUAAAUAAUCUGUAGAUGAAUAUGUUAAUGUGUGUGUUACUCCGCUUCAGUUUUGUUGCGUUUAGCAAAUGACAUGCAUGCAUGUAGUAAAUAUUAUCUUUAGAUAGAACAUUAACAUGCAUACAUGGGAAACAAAUUACAAACUAUCAUUAAUAAAAUGUAACAUAUGCAAGCACAACCAACUUUCUAUUUUAAUAACCCAUCAACUUUAGAAAUCUCACCCCAGGUUAGUAACUAUGCCUGUGAGUAUAUAAUUAUGUUUGGUGUUGGGCACCACUGCUCAAGUGUUAUCAACGAAAAAAAAAAAAUACAAAUACAAAACACCAAAACAAAUGCAACUAAAACACUGUGGACAAAAAUCUGAGAUGUGCCAAAGUAUGAGGGUAUAAUCAGACGUAUAGAUAGUUUUGUUCUCCGCUGCUGCAGUUCAAAUCGAUGCUUUUUUUUUUUUUUCUUCCAAAAAAAUCAACAAGUGCAACUGUUUGGUAGCAAAAAUGACAGAUAAGCAAAAUGUUUCUGGUUACAUCGGUAAUACAUAAUCUAGACCUGUACACAGUUUGAUUUCCAAUCCCUAUGCAUUAACCUUCCAGCCAAACAAACGAGCAUACGGUACGGUUUUGCAUUUUGUGGAUAUGUAUGCAUCUUGAUAUUUUUGCAUCAUACACGUGAGCAUGGUUAAUUUUUGAUUUGUUUAUACUCGUAUUAAAAUUAGAUGUCACAGGAGUCUUCUGAAAAUCCUCUUUUGAGUAAUAUCAACUCUACUGUCAGCCCUUUGUAGAAUCAGUUUGCUGUUUGUGUGCCACCUACACUAUAAUAAUCACAAUUGUGGAGCGAAGCUCGAUUCGUUUCUUCUUUGAGUAGUUAUUCUGGAUGUUGUUCCUGAAAAUCAACAGCCACACCCCAGAGAUGUCACCUAGCCAAUGUACUGUUUAUCAUUUACUGUAGGACACAUGGAUGUGGUAGCAAUAGAAACUGUGUGAAUGUGGAUCGCUUUAGUGCCAAACUAUGAACCAUUUUGCUUUCUACCAUCGAUUUAAAUAGCUUAUUUCAGCAAGCUCCCUGUUUUUACACCCAACGGAAAUGCUUUAUCCAUUUCAUUUUUUUAUGAAAUACAAGAAGAAAAUUGGACAUUCUACUAAUAAUGUAGAAUUACCAGUUCCAUGUCAAGUGCAACCUUAAGUGAAAUUAAAAGCCCUUUUAUCUGCAUUGUAUAGAAAUACUGUUGAUCAAUCAAGAUAAAUGUGGUUGUUAAACCUUUGUUUUAAUACAUGUAAUCAGUCCUAUUAAUGUCAAAAUGCCAGAAAUAAAGUCUCACUAUAAACUGCCACCAUCCCACAACAGGACAUUGCUAGAGAUUUUCAUAGAGCUGACCAGCACUUUUGUUCUGUUCUCACUAUUUCUUUGUUGUUUUGAACUACUAGAGUAUUAUUUUCUGACAUAAAGAAAAAACUUGUUUUACAAUAUCAUAUUACAAUAUCAACUUGUGUCAAUGAGAGCUUGUUUAGGAAAAUGAAUGAAUAAUUAUUUACUUCAAACCAUAAUGAAAAUGUGAACAAUUGAGAUUUUAUUUCAGAUCAAACAAGUCUCAAGCUCUGCCAGUUUAAGAGUCAGAUUAAAAUACACUUCUGUUGAAAGGUUUAAUAUUGUAGUAAUAUUGCAUCAGGAAAAAACAUCACAAAUCAUGUUUUAAGACUUAACAUCUUACUGGCAAUUGGGUUUUGUGUGUGUGUGUGUGUGUGUGUGUGUGUGUGUGUGUGUGUGUGUGUGUGUGCGUGCAUCUCCGUUUGGUUGCUUACUGAUAUUACAUGCCUCCCACACUUAAUCUUUUUUUUAAUCAGAAUUGUAGUCUUGUUUUCAGGUAAAAAGAUGCACUUAUUUGAGAAGAAAAUGUAAGAUAUGAAGUCUAAUCAGGAAUAUAUCUUGAUUUUUAACCCUUUUUUCAUAAUAUAAACCUGAAUGGAGAUUGUUAUAUUUAUGCUUAAAACAAGGGGAAAAUUGAGUUUUAUUACAUUAUUUUGUUUCUCAAGUAAAUUUAUCUUGUUUUUUUUAUGUGAAAUCUGAUCUAAGAUCUAAUGUGUUAUCUUUUUUCUUUUAUCUUGUUUGUUUAGUACAAUAAUUGUAACUGAGCUUUAUUGCUAAUUUUAUCUUCCAAACAUGAUCUAAAUUGUUCAAAGGUUUUAUGUUGUAUAAUUUCACUUAAGCGGCAGUUGAUUGUUUGGGUUUGCACAGAAAAAUAUUCGUAUGGAUAAAGCAUUAUUAAAGUCUGAAUUUGCCCCUGCAGGGUGAUUUCCCAUCAUCAAUGAUAUUUUGAUUUCUUUUCUUACUUGAUUGCACAAAUAUAACCAGAUGUAUAAAUGGAUAAAUCUCACAAAUUGAAAGUGUUUUAGUAACAAAUACAACAUUUGUGAAGAGCACAUGUAAAUAAUAAAUAUUGUUACAUACUUUAUUGCCUGUGGGAAACACUAAAUCAUUUGCCAUGCUUCUAUAGCAGUAAUGACAAGCUGCAAAGCAAAAAGAUUGAAAAUAAUCUCUCAGCUGUUCAGCAUAUCUAUAUAUUUAUUGAGUAGUGUACUAAAAGGACACUGAUGAUUUCAUGUAAGGGUUUGCAUUAUAUUAUUAUAUGUACUGAAAUCCUUUUCUUAAAGGAAAAGCACAGAGCUGUGGAAUUUUUCAAUAAAAUAUUGCAU